AUGAAGAUUUCUGGUGCUCCCGAAUCAGUGAAACCCAACGGCGAAGCUGCUGUCUCAUCAAUUCCGGUUAACUCCGGCGCUCCGAACGGUGUCUCUUCCGGCGAUGUCGGUUUGAUGAAAUCGAAAGGCCCUGCGGCUGAUUCCUCCACUCCGGUCAAACCAACCGGGAAACUCGGUGCUUCUUCCGGCCUCAAGAUCGGCGUCAGUGGCAAACCCCCCAUUCUCCUCAUGUGCCAAAGGCAAAGCUAUCGUCUCCGACAACGUGGAGGAGCCAAUGGAGUAAUAGCAGAUGUGGUGGUCAAUCCUGAGCCAGCUACUUUGGGGGAGCUCCUCGCCUACAUGAAGCAGCCAUCUGCGAAGUGCAUGGCAACAAUUGAUGAUGUUGUGCACGGUUCUAAGUGGUACUAUAUCGGCUGUGGUGAUUGUCAUACAAAGGCAACCAUAGGGCCUACAACACUGAUGUGUAAGAAAUGUGGGAAGAAUGAAAUCGUUGGUGUGCCCCAAUACCUUUCGAAGCUUUUUGUUUAUGACCACCAGGAUCAAGCGAUGUUUCUUGUCCUUGGUGAUGCUGGUGAGGAGUUGUUUGGGAAGAAAGCUGUUGAGUUGAUUGAGAGCUAUUACCAGGCAAAUGAUGGUGCAAGUGAGGAUGACAUUGUUCCAGUGCCUCAAGCUAUGGUUGAUGCUAUUGGGUAG